AUGACAUUAAUUAUUGGUAUUGGACCAGUUUUGUAUACUCUCAAUAAUCCUGAUCCACAAAUACAAUCACUUUUAUUUUGUAAACUUCGUGGUUAUAUAUUUCAAAUAUGUUUAAUGCUUUCUCGUUGGUUCGUUGCUUUUGCUUGUAUUGAUCGUUUUGCAUUAACUUCAGAUAAAAUUACGUUAAGAAAUUUUUCUAAACCGAAAAUAGCGUAUCGUAUAAUUAUUAUCAUUAUUAUUUUUUGGUCAAUUAUUUGUUCUCAUAGACUUAUAUUUUAUGAGAUCAAAGGAAGUCACUGUGGUAUUAUAAAUAAUAUGGCAGCAGCACUUUAUCAUAGUCUUUAUGUUAUUAUUGGAGGUGGAAUAUUUCCAGCUAUGAUUAUGAUAAUAUGUGCAUAUUUUAUUCGUCGAAAUCUUGCACAUAAACAUCAAAGACGAGCACAAUUAUCGUUAGGUGAUUAUCAACGAAAUCCACUUGAUCAACAAGUUCUUAAUAUAUUAUUCAUGCAAAUUAUUUGUUAUAUUAUAUUUACAACUCCUCAAUUAUGUAAUUUAGUAUUUAAUACAAUCUCAAUAAUGAGUCCUGAUCGAUCAAAUGAACACUUAGCUGUUGAAUCAUUUCUUAAUUUUCUAGCGGAAUUGAUGUUAUAUUUGUUUCCAGUUACAUCAUUUUAUUUAUAUACACUUACAUCUCGUACAUUUCGAAAAGAAUCAAUCAAAUUUUUUCGCUCAGUAAUUGGUCCAAAAAAUCGAAUUAUACCAGUAAUUGGUGGUACAACUGAUGGUCAUCAUCUUGAGCAUCAGAAAACUACAACAAAUGCAUGUGGAGUUCCAGUCAAAAUCAGUGUAAUGGAAAUAACAUGA